UUUCCGCGAGCAAGAUCUUCGUGGUAGCGACACUUGGAGAUUUUUUUCUGCUUAUUUUUCUUCCUCGACCGACUUCGAGCUUAACUUUGUUUUGCAAGUGGCCUCUGGGGACAUGUGCGUGUGUAUAAUUCUCAAGUGAGGUUGUGAAGUGAAUUAAUAUGACAAAGAGUCGGAUCUUUUCGGGACUUAAGAUAAUGACUUGUUUGGUAAAUUGCUGAGUUAAGAUCUUGUUGUCGGCAACUGUUUUACGGCUACCGAAGUGAACUCAAGUGUUUGUUGAUUAAAAAAAGUGAUUGAUUGCAAAAGUGGACAUAACGAUGAAGUUGCCAACAAUAAUUAUUCUACUCGCGAUGACGAUCGCCUUCGCGUAUGCUAUCCAGGAGCAACACAGAAAACAUCGCACGGCCAAACUUGUACGCGAUUUCCCGCAAAACAUCGCGCCGCGACUGCAAAUGAUCGAGUUCCCCUCUUACAACAUUCCAAAUCCAUAUGGUCCUGGAACAUACGCAUUUGGAUACGAAGUGGACGAUCCUGCUACCGGAAACAUUCAAUUCCGAGAUGAAGAGAAACUCCAGAAUGGGACCGUUCGUGGGUCAUAUGGGUACAUGCAGCCGGAUGGCAGUGUGAUAAUAACCCGAUUUGUGGCUGAUUUGUUUGGAUAUCGCGCAACUACCGAAAUCAAACAAGCUGACGGCCAAACUCUCGCUUCAAUCCCUAACCAGGCACAGUCUCUGAGUUCUCAAAAUAUCCCAGCUGAACAUACCAAUGCGGCAGCAUCGAAUCGCUACCAAUCGUUCGGAUUACCACCCUCCUACAAUCCUGCUCUGAAUCCCAACUUCGUUGAUCCUCAGUAUACCAAUGCAAUACUCAGUCACAUAAAAAACCAACAAUAUUAUCCUUCGGCGGGAAUUAUCCAAUAUCCAUAUGGGCCGCCCAUGGGACAGCAAUUCGCAGUCCCAGGUUCCUUGCCGAUGCCCAUUUUCUACGAUGCCGGUGCGGGGAACGGAAACUUCUUCACGACCCUAGUCAGCGAGUUCCCAUCCAGCCUGACUCCUUCAAAUCUGUACAACAAUUUGCAUACGACUUUCCCUAACAUUGUCCCUCAGCAAAACCCUUUCAACACGAUCGCCAAUAAUGUUCAGCAGCUAGCCCAGAACAGCCCAUUCGGAGGCCUGAUAAACAAUGCUCAGGCGCAGUUUCAGCAGAUUAUUCCGCAGAACAAUCCGUUCGCAGGUUGGUUCAACACAAACAGUGUUCAAACGCAAUCAUUACCGAUCGUUACUCGUCCAGGGAGCAGCAGCAUGCUUAACAGUCCAGGACUCCCUGCUGGUGUUUACAGCGAUAUGCCCGCGGCGAUGGGUACGAUGAAUAGGAUUCCCACAACUAAGCGUAGAUCCACAGUCCCAACGAAGAAAAAGAGUGGAUAUAAAACGCGCGACGGGAAUGAUUGGCUGGAUGGUUUUCUGGAAACUCGCAAACGAGAAGUGGUUUUCGGAUUAACUACUACGACACCAGCGAUGAAUACCGGCGAAGGGAUGACAACCGAAGCCGUGGUUAGCUGAAGAUUAUUUUGUAAAGAAAACAAUGUACUAACUUAUUUAUUGUAAUUUAUUUAUUUAUUAAACAUAUUAUUCAAAUACUAAUAAUGCUAGGA